CAAGAGAGGAUCCUUCCCAUCCCCAAAGGAACCCUAAUCUCGAUCUCAAAUUUCGUCGGCGGCGGAACUCCGUCGCGACUAGCCGGAGCAGAGGGGGAGGAGGCUGAGUCCUUGGACAUGGGUGUCAAGCUACCGGAGGAGGGGAAGAAGGCCCUCUCCCUCGCCUAUCGGAGCGGGCUAAAUGCCGUCGAAAGGGGGAAGGCCGUAUCCCUCGCCGUCCACAGCGGGCUCAAAGCCGAGGUCGCCGUCUACGUCGCCGUCCGGAGCGGGCUCGAGGCCGAGCAAGUGAAGAGGCUCGUCGACAACUCCGUCCAGUGCGGACUUGAGGCCGAGGAGGCGGAGAAGAUCCUCCACCUCGCCGUCCGGAGCGGGCUCGACGCCGAGGAGACCCUCUCCGCCGCCAUCCGCACGGGCCUGAAGACCGAGGAGGAGAUACACGCCUGCCUGCUCCAGCAGCUGCUCGCGUCCUUCGACAAGCGAAACAGGAACGACCCCGAGCUGGACAAGUGGAUACGCCCCGUCGACAGGAGCAGAAAUGCCCCCAAGUUCCCCUUCUUCCUCUUCAAGAUGAAGGCGUCCGCCGAGAAAGCGCAGGUGUCAUGGUGGAUGAAGAAGUACGAUAUAUUCCCUCCCGAGCGGCCCGGGUACACCUGCGCCUUGCGGGUCGCGCGCCUGGUGAUCCGACCGGAUGGAUUUCGUCUGGAACAGGCAGGGGAGGGCGGGCAGCCGGGUGCGAUAUCCUACCAUACCGACACGAGUUACAAGAAGUGGCUACGUCCCAAAGAAGGCAUCUUCAAGGAGGGCUCCUCUCUGCCUCUCAGGGAGGUCGCCGUGAUCCAGAGGCUGCCCCGUGGCGAGGGGGUUUCCAUCAUCUCUCAUGUGAAUGGUCUUGGUGUCAAGCUUGGUGAUAUCCUCUUUGUGUUGCACGGCUGGUCUGUAACCGUAGCCCUGAGCUUCACUGAGCGGGAGUUCUAUGUAUCCUCCAAGUUCAAGGAGGAAUCGUUGUACACCAGCACCGAUCUUGAUUUCAUAGACAUUACGGUCCCUGUUGAGAAUCUGAUCAAGAGGCUUUACCAGAUGUAUAAGCUAGAGGAACAAGAUAAAAGGGAAGUGCAGGAGAAACAAGAUAAUCAGUAGACAGCGAAGCUGAUGUGCCAGCAGGAGGAACGGAUGCGCCAGCUAGAGGACCAGAAAAAGGAGAAACUGGAAGUCCGGCAGAGGAGAAGGGCUGAGAGAAAGAAAUAUGAUGGCCUGCAUAUGGAAAUGAAGAAUGUGGUUCGACAGAUGAAGCAAGGAGCAAGUGCUGAAGGAAUACAAGGGCAACUUGAAGAAUUUGAGGACACUUGCUAUUUCGCCCCAAUGCUUUCGCUUUUCGGAGAACCUGAACCUGAUUCGGUGAAACCAUCGGAAGAGAGCUAUGCCAAAGUGAGGGGAUGUGCAAGGAAUCUCUAGAGGUGUAAGCUUAUAGUACAGACCGGUCUGCUUAAUCUUGGUGGUGGUGGAGCCGGGACAGGUAAGGGAACAGAGGAACCAUUGCCUCGUCAGCAUGAGGAAUGACCAUGAAGGUGCAACCCUAUUUCUUUUGUUAUUGUAGCUAUGUUGUUGGAUUUAAUGCUUAAUUCUCGUAGAAGGAUAACCUGUAUCUAACUCCUAACCAAGGAAAGCCCCCAGGAAAAAACAGUAUGGGAGAGGAUACAGGGUCGACUCAUUCAGGGAGCUCCCUCCUUAAUUAAGAAAAAUUAACAAUGUAAUUUGAAAAAACUUCGAUGGUUAAUUAAUAAGAGCCAUUUUGGUCAAAAAAAGUGAAGAGGAAAUAAGUAGAACCAAUAUUUUGCAACCUUGGGUUUCAAUUCGUUUUUACCUUCCAUGUUUUUCUGUAACACACCUUUUGGUUAUUACUGAUACUCAUGUCUACUUUGUGUUUUAGUGAUGAACCAUUUUCAUGUUUGUGUAAACAUUGUUCCAAGUUUCCAACCCCAUAUAUCAUUGCACAAAUUACAUUAUGUAUUGGAUAUUCACUUCGUGCCCCUGUUAUCAGUUUUUUUUAAUGAUUGAGAUUGUUUUAUUACACGUAUAUCGGUAAAAUGAUGUGCCUUGGUUCAUGAUUUAUCCAUUUGUUAAUUUAUACUUAUGUACACCCAAUGACUUCACCAAGCUUCUCACAGGCAAAGCCUUUGUAAAUAUAUCUGCAAGCUGAUCUUUGGAGUGAAUAAAGCGAAUAUCAAGUUGCUUUUGAGCAACUCUUUCUUGAACAUAGUGAAAAUCUAUUUCAAUAUGUUUUGUCCUUGCAUGAAAAACUGGAUUGACAGACAAAUAAGUUGCAUCAAGAUUGUCACACCACAGACAUGGAGCUGGUGUGUUCUUUAUACCCAGUUCUUUCAGCAUGGAUUGAACCCAUAUAAUUUCAGCUGUAGCAUUCACCAAUGCUUUAUAUUCUGCCUCUAUGCUGGAUCUAGAAAUAGUAGCCUGUUUUCGAGCACACCAUGAGAUCAGAUUCGGUGCCAAAAAAAUUGCAAAACCACCAGUGGAGCGCCUGUCAUCCAGGCAUCCUGCCCAAUCAGAGUCAGAGAAGGCACUGACCAGAUUAGAGGAUGAUUUGCUGAAAUCUAGGCCAAUGCUCAAAGUUCCUUUGACAUAUCUCACUAUGCGUUUUGCAGCAGUAAAAUGGACAUUAGUAGGUGCAUGAAGAAACUAGCAUACUUUGU